UGAAAAUGGCAAAUACAGAAACAGAAGACUACAGAGCGGCAGAUUCUCAGUCUUCUUUAUCACCCUUGACUAAAGCCAUGGAGGAGGCACAGCAGAGCAGCCCUGAAGGCACCUUCAGUGUGGAUACCGUGGACCCAAUUUACAAGUGUAUUUCGAAUGACUCACCAAGGGGGUGUACGUCAUCCCAGGCAAAAGCAGUUAUUAAAAGUACUGAAGAUUAUUUGCAGCCUCAGUUUGGCCCCAACAGACUUUUACAUUCAGCAGCAGUAUCAGAAGGGUCAGGACUUCAAGAUUGCUCCACACAUCAAACAGUGUCAGAUCACAGCCAGGAUGAAACAUCAGACCUAGAUAGCUACAAAUCAAACAGUAAAAACAAUUCUUGUUUUGUAUCAGCAUCCAAGAGAAACAGACCUGUCAGUGCUCCAGUGGGUCAACUGAGAGUUGCAGAGUUCUCUUCUUUAAAAUUUCAGUCGGCCCAAAAUUGGCAUGGAUUAUCUCAAAGACACAAACUUCAACCCAGAGUGAUUCAAGUAACAGCUUACAAAAAUGGAUCUAGAACAGUCUUUGCCAAAGUUACUGUACCAACCAUCACCUUGCUGCUGGAGGAGUGCACGCAGAAGCUGAAGCUGCGCGUGGCCGCGCGACGAGUGUUCUUGGCAGACGGCUCUGAAGCCCUCAAGCCUGAAGACAUACCCCGUGAUGCCGACGUUUAUGUUUCAGCGGGCGAGCCGUUUUCAGAUCCAUUCAAAAAAAUUAAAGACCAUCUGUUGUUAAUGAAGAAAGUAACUUGGACAAUGAAUGGGUUGAUGCUUCCUACUGAUGUCAAAAGACAGAAAACCAAGCCUGUUCUUUCUAUUAGGAUGAAGAAACUUAGUGAGAAGACCUCAGUCCUAAUUCUGUUCUUUAAGAAUGGGAUGGGGCAAGAUGGGCGUGUGAUUACAGUGGGAAAGGAAACAAUGAAAAAGAUUUUAGAUACUUGCACAAGGAGAAUGAAUCUAAAUUCACCAGCCAGAUAUCUUUAUGAUUUGUAUGGCAGAAAAAUUAAAGAUAUUUCAGAAGUUCCUCUGCUUGAAAAAUGCCUGCAAAAUUCCAUCACACCUUUGCGGGGACCAGUUUGGGUCUCUAAGGGAGAAGGUUUCAGCCCCUCAGGAGCUAAGAUGUACCUUCAAGGAGUUCUUUUGGCCUUGUACCAACGAUUAAAGUCUGCAGAAAAAUAUUAUAAGCAGUUGAACAUGGCCAUGGAUGAGCAGAAAGAGAAAAUUACUGAAAAAGUUAUUCUUUCCAUGACAGCAACGGAACACCAUAAGGCACAAGAAGAAGUGAGCAGGCUGAUUGAUGAAUUGGAGACAGCUAUCAAAAGCAACAGAGGUCAUCUCUCUAAACUUGGCCCCCAAUUACAGGCUGAGCAGGAGCAAUUCUCCUCUUAUGUCUACCAACACAUUAAAAGCCUUCCAGCAAACACUCUUAUCCCAAGAGGCCUGCGGCUCAAGAUAUUUGAAAAUGGUAAGGACACUGGAGAAAUCUCUGUUUCUAUCAGCAAAAAGGAUCUGGGGUCUAAUAGUCCAGCUCAAACCGGCGAUAUGAUGGAAAGAUUACUUCUCAAGAUUCAUCAAAGGCUUCAAGGUUCUUCCAUCAACCCACUAGGCCUCAAUUUUCCUUCAACCCGGCUUUACGAUGAGCAUGGUCAAGAAAUUAAGAAUCCACUUUUGCUGAAGAAUGAGCAAAAAAUUUGGGUCUCUUAUGGUGAAGCAUACAGAUCUCCACUGAACCCUGUUUUGGGUUUGAUCUUUGACCAGGUGACUGCAUUUGCCAGAGGUGGCAUUACGGUUGCAUAUAAAACCUUCUUGGAUCCUAAUGCUGUUCUGCUCCCAGGAUGUGACAAUUGGGAAGUUUGUGAGGGAUUUCCAAUUAAUUUCAACGGCACCAGUCAAGAAAUACCUGAUCAAUUUGAAAAGGUGGACUUGGGAGACCAUUUCCUACAGAACAAGGUCAGAAUUAUUUGUUGUACUUAA